UUCACUUUCCGUAGAAGUAGCUCGUUUCUCACAGGCGAUCCAUACGACGUUUAGGGGAAUACAAAUCUUCAAUAUUUGUUUUUUUGCGCGUAGUGACAGCCGUUUAUUGCUCAGCCUUCUUCAUCACCUGACGCCUCUUCAAGAACAGAAAAGAUGGCAGACCAGGCCCCCUCAGUUGCCAUGGAGGCUGUCCUGAAGCCUAGCUGCGAUCUCCCCGAGGACAUGCCGAAAAUCAGAGGUUACGACUUCAACCAGGGAGUCGAUCUCCAUGCGGUGCUGAAGUCCUACCUCACCACGGGCUUCCAGGCCAGCAGCUUAGCCCUGGCUAUCCAGGAGAUCAACACCAUGAUCGAGAAGCGUCUUGAACCAGUGGAGGAAGGGGAAGGAAAUGAGUCGGAAACCCCAAAGUCAGGCUGCACCAUCUUCCUGGGGUACACCUCCAACCUCAUCAGCUCCGGAGUCAGAGAAAGCAUCCGCUAUUUGGCGCAGCACAAAAUGGUGGAUGUUAUUGUAACCACAGCAGGAGGCGUGGAGGAGGAUUUGAUCAAGUGCCUGGCUCACACCUACCUGGGAGACUUCAGCCUCCCUGGCAAGGAGCUCCGCCUGAGAGGCAUCAACAGAAUUGGUAAUCUGGUGGUGCCCAACGAUAACUACUGUAAAUUUGAAGACUGGCUGAUGCCCAUCCUGGACCAGAUGUUGCUGGAGCAGAACACAGAGGGCACCCGCUGGACUCCCUCCAAAAUGAUCCACCGACUUGGAAAGGAGAUAAAUAAUACAGAGUCUGUCUACUACUGGGCAUACAAGAAUAACAUCCCGGUGUUCAGCCCCGCUCUGACAGACGGCUCUCUGGGCGACAUGAUCUACUUCCACUCGUAUAAGAACCCCGGCUUGAUUCUGGACAUCGUAGAAGAUAUUCGCAGGUUGAACAGCCAGGCAGUUUUCGCCAAGAGGACUGGGAUGAUCAUCCUGGGAGGGGGGCUGGUCAAACAUCAUAUAUCCAAUGCAAAUCUUAUGAGAAAUGGAGCGGACUACGUGGUGUAUGUGAACACGGGGCAGGAGUUUGAUGGCUCCGACUCCGGGGCCAGACCGGACGAGGCUGUAUCUUGGGGCAAGAUCAGAACAGAUGCCAAACCUGUUAAGGUGUACGCCGAUGCCUCUCUGGUCUCCCUCUGA